AAGCGUGUAAUUGAAGAAGAUAGAACAGAACAAAGAUGUCUAUAGAAGAUUUAUAACAAUAUCAAAUAUAAUAGUUUAAUGCUACACAUGUAUUUACGGUUACUAAAUUUAAACAGAUAAUAAAUAGUAUGACGAACUGUAGUUAACACGAAGUGUUUAAAUUCAAAAUGGCGUCGUUAAAAGUGACAUUAUUCAGUGUUGUGUGCUGUGCAGUGUUAGUGCAUGUUAGUGGGCAUGUGGCACUUACGUACCCGCCUGCUAGAAGAUUCGAUUUGGACUUUUUGGAUAAUUCUAGAACAAAACCGCCAUGUGGAAUGCCAAAAGGAACAUUAAAAACAUCGUUCCUGGCGGGAUCCAACUUUACUGUACAUUGGCAUUUGGCAUACGCACAUCGGGGCGGCUUCAGUUUAAGAAUACUGGACGAGCUGGAGAGGCCCGUACUGGAUUUGACUCCUCGAGCUGGCGGCACUGAAUUCGUACGAGAUGACGUCACGGCACAGAAAUAUGAAGUGCGACUGCCGAAUGACUUCACGUGUGAGAAUUGUACCCUGCAACUGCAACGCGAGGCAGGAGAGUGGGGCGCCAACUAUCGGUUCUGGUCCUGCGCCGAUAUUGACAUACUGCCCAGGAAAGAAUACCACGAGACCUGCUCUGGCCAUGGUUUCCACAUCCUCGGACGCUGCAAGUGCAACAAGAUGUACUACGGGCCCAGGUGUCAGUUCUCGGAUGAAUGUCUUGAAGAUACUGACUGCGGCCUCCGAGGGAAGUGUAUUGAUAUCAACGCUACAGAAUCACCCAGCAAGAUGUGCUAUUGCCCAUUUGGGUUCUAUGGGAAAGGCUGUAAUAAGAAGGCACCAUGGAAAGACAGGAACGUGAACUUAGCGCUGUACAGCAGGAAGGAACUGUCCAAACAGUUCAAACUGUUCUGGAGGGUACUAAAGGAGGACGAUGAAAUAGAAGUGGUGAUGAUAGUGAAUGGCACAACCUAUGCUGCCAUUGGAUGGAGACCGAGUAGUUUGACGAAGCAGUGCAAGAAUUUCCCAGUAUUAGGACCAUCUAAUGAUGAUAAACUAAGCACAUCAAAACCAGAACCGUUACCUGAGCCAGAACCAAAAGCAGAACCCGAAUCGGUCCCAGAACCGAAAUCAGAACCUGAACCUUCCCCAGAACCGAAAUCAGAACCCGAGCCCGCCCCAGAACCAAAAUCAGAACCCGAACCUACUCCAGAACCCAAAUCUGAACCAGAACCUACAGCAGAGCCCAAAGCUGAGCCAACUGCAGAACCGGAACCUGCGUCGGAACCUGAACCUACAGCCGAACCUAAGGCUGAACCGGAACCGGAACCAACUGCAGAACCUAAACCUGAACCAACAACACACGCCUCUGUUGAGAGUGAUAGCAGGAAUAAAAGGGUGGCCAUGCAUUCAUUAGAUGGUUUCGAUUUUAAGAACCUUGGAAAUGAUGUGACUGUAAAAACCAGUAUAUCUUAUAAAGUGUCUAGCUCCAAAGGACGACGAAAGCGCGCUGCACAAACCCCAAAAGGACAUGUGGAAACUUCGACCUCUGUUCUAGCCAAUCAACAUGACAUUAGUCCUAAACCAGAACCAGAGUCAAUCCCAGAACCUAGUUCUGAACCUGAACCAACCCCCGAACCAAAAUCUGAACCUGAACCAAUAACAACAACAACAACAAAGCCUAGACCAAAAUUCUCACCCAAACCAAAGUUUAUACCAAAAUAUAAACAACUAUCUCAUUUAAAUGCUACCGUUAAACAUUCCUUACAGUCUCAACCUGCACCCGAACCAACUGCUGAACCCAAAGCAGAGCCUGAACCUAUCCCAGAACCUAAAUCUGAACCCGAACCUAUCCCAGAGCCGAAAUUAAAGAUUAAGCUUGAAUCUAGACUCAAAUCCGAACCAGAGUCUAUACCAGAACCGAAAUCUGAACCUGAACCGACCUCAGAACCAAAUUCUGAACCUACUCCGGAACCUAAGUCGGAACCGGAACCUACUCCGGAACCCAAAUCGGAACCAGAACCAUCUCCAGAACCCAAGUCUGAACCGGAACCAACUCCGGAACCUAAGUCUGAACCAGAACCUACCUCAGAACCUAACUCUGAACCCGAACCCGCCCCCGAACCUAAAUCAGAACCGGAACCCACUCCUGAACCUAAAUCUGAACCGGAACCCGCUCCUGAACCUAAAUCUGAACCAGAACCCACUCCGGAACCAAAAUCUGAACCAGAACCUUCCCCAGAACCGAAAUCUGAACCAGAACCUUCCCCAGAACCUAAAUCUGAACCAUCCCCAAAAUUCAAAGCCGAAACGGAUACAGAUUCAUUGCUAGUGAAGGGACUUAAAGAAGAUGCAGGUCACUACCCAAGUCAUGAGUAUGUACCUAAGUUUGACUUUAACCCUAUGGACUGCACCGACAUAGUCAUUGGUACGGCACGUGGCAAUUAUCAUAGAGUUUUGGACUACUAUACUCGAGAUAGAUCUACCCCUCGUGUGGACACGUUCUGGGGCGGACAUGAUGAUAUUACUGCAGCAUCAGGGUUCGAAGAAAAUGGAGUAACAACCAUCAUUUUCAGGAAGAAAAUUAAGGCCAAAGAACCAACCGACCACUCAAUAGUUGAUGACUUGAUGCACGUAAUUUGGGCGCGUGGUCAAGAGCCAGGGCGGUACGUGCACUCCCCUCCGUCGGGGCUGGAGAAAGGCUCCGCUGUUGUCGGCGACUUCUACCGCCAGGACGAGCUGAAGUACCACGGACAUGGCGGCCAGAGGGGCGUAACGAGAAUCAACUUCUUUGAAGAGGAGAAGAAUUCGAUAUCUGGCGGUGUACUUCCCUUGGCGGACAAGUGUGGUGGUCAAUGGAAAUUACCGUCCAACUGUAAUCCGGCCAAUAACAGCUGCGAAUACUAUGCUUCCUGGGAAUACUUGGGACAGAAGAGAGGAAAGGACUCCGUCAGGUUCACCAUCAAGACUAAACAUAGCAAGUUCUGGACCGGGAUUGGAUUCAGCAAUGAUAAGAAGAUGUCCCAAACAGACGCAAUUAUUGGUUGGGUGGACGCUCGGUCUGGACGUCCGUUUAUCAUGGAUACCUGGGUCAGUGGUUACUCCGCGCCGAGGGUCGACCAGAGGCAGGACAUCACCAAGGAGUCCGGCAGUCUGAUCGAGGGUUACACAACCCUCAGCUUUGUUAGGAAGAGGAACACAGGUGAUCAGAAGGACCUCGCAUUCACUGACAGCCAAUGUUUAUACAUGAUGUUCAUCACACAAGGCGGGGGUUACGACCCUGUUAACAAACGGACGAGCAAGCAUCAGCAGACCCCGGUGAUUACUGAGAACAGGGUCUGCAUUAAGCCUUGUGGUCCAGAACCCCCUGAAGAAGAAGUAACCACGGAGGCUAUAAUACCCGGAUUAUCAGCAUAUACCAUGUUGAUACGUAUCACCGGGUUAGCUGACAGCUUCAAACCACCAUCAGCCGGCAGUAAAGAGUACGAAGAACUGAGUCAGCAGGUCGUCAACAGUUUGGUGAAGGAAUUGGGGAAGAAUAAGGGGUACCAUGGAUUAGUUGUCAACGGGUUCAUGCAAAAUGAAACGAGUGCCAUAAUCGCCGAGCUCACUCUAAAAUCGAUCGAUUCAAACACAAUCGAAGGUUCAAGCGCGCGUUCUCUAGAUGCUGCUGUUUCUGUCACACCUAACGUGACUGAGGGAGACAGCGAUAUGGAGAAAUGGCACAGAGUAGUGAGGGACACACUGGCGCAGGGGAGAGUGGGCAAUCUGAACGUUGAUCCCGAAUUUUUGGUGUUUGAACCGCAAAGCUUGGUAUCGAGCCGUCCCGCGGAGGAGGAGCCCGGUAACGCGCGCACGUUCUUCGGGCUGGCGGAGACGAAGCUGUACGUGGUGGUGGGGUGCGUGGCCGCGCUGGUGGCCGUGGCGCUGCUGCAGGCCGCCUGCACGCUGCGGCGCGGCCGCGCGGCGCCCGCCACGACCGGGAAGGACCAGCUGAUCCCGAACGCUGCGUGGAAGGAGUACUCGGCUUCGAACACGAACUACGCGUUCGAGCCGUUCGAGAACGACGACAAGUUCGGCGGCACCGCCUCCACGGCGGCGCUGCGCUCGCGGCCCCCCUCCCGCCCGCCCGGCCCGCCGCCGCCCCGCCCCCACCACCACAACACGCACGCGCCACACAAGCAAUCGAACGGCCACAAAAUGGCCGCCAACGGUAACAAGAUGGCGCCCAACGGGACCAAUGGACGAAGCACGCCGAAGCAUAACAGCGCGGCGCAGUAUUACCACGAAACGAGGUCGCUGCAACGGCCUAGAGGACAAUAUGGUUAUAAUGGACGUCCGGACAGAGCGACGUACUCGUUACCGCGUGGAGUCCGCGAGACCGGACCGUCGUCGUACCCCGGACACUCCGGACACUCCGGACACACCGGACACCCCGGACACGCGGGCCUGUCCGCGCAACCGGACUUCUACUUCAUGCCAUCGCAGCGGAAAUACGAAGAUUUUUGAUGGCGAGCACGAGGUUAUUAAUAUAAGUUACCAAUAAAUAACAGUUUUUUUAACUAAGCACCGAACAAUUGUACCUUCUAAGAGUUAUAUUUCACACUUGUAUAUGAAUAUUUAUUAAUUUCUCCAAACCAGAUCUAGUCUCAUGUCACAGUUUUAAAAUAAGUUAAUUUCACAUUAAACUAAUAUAAACAAUUUAUUUUUCUCUUAAUGUAAAUAAUAUUUUUAAUUAAAUAUUCUUGCUGUAUAUUGCACGUAAUGGUAUAAUUAAUAUAAAUGAACAAUAAUUUAUUUAGGAGACAAUGCAAAGAUUUUUAUAAUGUAAAUAUUUGAUAUAGCGCCAUCUAUUGAUGUGCUUGUGUACUUAUGAACAUGGCGAUCUAGCUCCCACUUUUACUUAGUACUAAAAAUGGGACCUAAUUAUGUAACGAUGUUUUUUUAAUGGAAUGAUGCACCCCCCUUGCUAACAGUUUACAAUGGCGGGGCAUUACUGCAGGA